AUGGUCCAUUCUACCAUCAAAAACUCGUCUCUGAGUGAUCUAGCGGACCGUUUAAUGGCUCAACUCGAAUUGACGUAUCUCGGUUUCAUAGCUGCAGGCAGUACUUUGGGGUAUCAGUUACUUCAGAAAGCACUACCUGGGUUCCUUCGUUUGGUAGCAGCCGACCCAAACCUUGUUGCGGAGCAACCCGAUGGUGGCCUACUAGUCUCUUUCCCGCGUGCGUUUGGUACUUCCCUACAAGAAAUCAAGCGGUUUAUUAUUUACGACAUGGCCACGGGAUUUUUACUAGGAGUUCCACCUCUACUGGAGUAUGAUUACUAUGGCAAGUGCGACCCUGUAUCUCAUGGAUCCGAGUGGAUACAUGGCGUCCCUGUCCCACUUGUUGAGAUUAUAUCACAAAUUAACUCGUGGAGGGCCGGAUUCAAAGUGCCUUUAGAUGAUUGGCAAAUCCUAGAAAGUCGUGUUAUGGUUUGGGAGGUACAACCACUCCCAAUAGAGGACGGUGAUUCCAGGAUGAACGUAGCAAGACUAGCAAUACAAGAAGGCUGGAGGCAUGUGGUACUAAUUUACAUCUAUAUGGGCAUCUGUGGCGUUUCGUCCCAUGACUCGCGUGUACAGGCUUCAAUAGCCCAAAUAAUCCAGUUGGAAGGGAUCGUAGCUGGCUUGCCAAUUAGCAUACAUAUGCUUAUGCAUUAUGUAGUUGCAGGAAUGGGUGCACGAUAUGAACAGCAGCGGUCCAUCAUCCGACAAAAGCUCGUUUCAUUCAAGGGAAAGGGAGCAUGGCUCUUUCAGGGGCCAGAAUUUACCCAGAUCCUCGAUCAUUUGUGGCAUGGUGCAGGCGCGGGAGGUGCUCCAGUUAUGUGGGAUGAUUAUGUUCAGUCAAGGUGCACGGUAAUCCACAUAUGA